AUGGUUGACAUCGUCUAUGCAUGCCAGGAUAUUGAAGAAGAUUUGAAAGUCGGCGUGAAAAGCAUGGCCGUUCGGUUCCGUAAUUCCAUUCCCAUCCUGGCUUACGGACUCUUCUACACGUCCAUUGCGCUCAUUGCACUCGCUGGGCUGCUCACUGGCCUUGGCCUUCCCUUCUUUAUUGUGUCCGUUGGUGGACAUUUCUUCGGGUUCAAGAAUCUCCUCAAGGCAACCCAGAUCGGGAAAUCGUCCGGUGUGGAGAAAAGUGCGAAGUCGUAUUGCUUCCUGAGCAGUAUAUUUUGGGUGCUUGGGUUUGGGAUUGAGUAUUGGCUGUGA